AGCAGACACUUUUAAACUCACAUCAUUCACGCAUUGUUUGAAACGCCGAUGUUUUGCAGCCACCCAGCGGAGCCUCGCGUUUGUUUCGGUUCCGUCAUGUGACUCGUUGUAGCAACAGCAAUUUAAUACAUGUAAGUAGCUUCGUUGUGUCGCAGUCACUUCUGCAGUUCGCUUGCCUUGGACCGAACAUGAAUCUGCGCCUGUUCAUUGGGCUUGGAGCACUGCUUUUGGUCUCAGGACCAGUUCGAGGGACCAACGUCUCCACACCUUUGGUCCUCUGGCAUGGAAUGGGGGACAACUGCUGCAAUCCUCUAAGCAUGGGCGCAAUUAAGAAAAUGGUGGAAGAGGAAGUGCCUGGUAUUUAUGUGCUCUCACUCAUGAUCGGCAAGUCUGUUACUGAGGAUACAGAAAGUGGGUUUUUCAUGGAUGUUAAUGAGCAAGUGGCCUUUGCCUGUAAUAAGCUAGCUCAGGAUCCCAAGUUGAAGGCGGGUUAUAAUGCAAUGGGCUUCUCCCAGGGGGCACAGUUUCUGCGUGCUGUGGCUCAGAGAUGUCCAAAUCCUCCAAUGAAGGCUCUGAUCUCAGUUGGUGGACAGCAUCAAGGAGUAUAUGGUCUGCCUCGAUGCCCUGGGGAGAGCUCUCAUAUUUGUGACUGGAUUCGGAAGAAACUAAACUCUGGGGCCUACACAGAUGCAAUCCAAAAACACUUGGUGCAGGCUCAGUACUGGCACGAUCCCCUCAAUGAUGAUUUGUACAAACAGCACAGCCUCUUCCUUGCUGAUAUAAAUCAGGAGCGGGUGGUGAAUGAGACCUACAAGAAGAACCUCAUGUCUUUGGAGAAGUUUGUCAUGGUAAAGUUUCUACAGGACAGUAUAGUGGACCCUGUGGUCUCAGAGUGGUUUGGCUUUUUCAAAACGGGUCAGGCUGAACAAACUGAAACUUUACAGGAAAGCGCUCUGUACAAAGAGGAUCGUUUAGGGUUGGCAGAAAUGGAUAAGGCGGGGAAGCUGGUGUUUCUUGCCACAGACGGAGAUCACUUACAGUUCAAUCGCGAGUGGUUCAAUGCCAAGUUACUUCCCUACAUACGCUAACCCGCCCGGAACAUGAACAAUGAGCUCAGACAGAUGCAAUAUGCACACCUACUCCACUAGUGCACAUUCUUUACUCAUGUCUCUGAAUCUGACAUUUUACUGUAAGCCAUUUGAUUGAGAACAGAUUUAUUGUUUAUUACAUUGUUCUCUUUUGUUUUAUUGCACUGAUCUAUAUGUUUAUUAAUAUCAACCUGAUCUGGACAUAACAGAGCUGAGAUUUUACUUAUUUUAUUAGCUCAAUAAAUAAAAUAUAACAAUUAGGAACCUCA